ACAGUCUGAGGCGGCCCUGAAGUGGCCAUGAUGUCCCAGUGUGGCCGUGAACACUAUGUGCCGUGAUCGCGGCAGCAGAAACUCUGCCGAAGUGACGAUGGCCGGCCCGGCUUGUCUGUCAGCUUAGACCCGCCGAACCGGAGCGGAGGGGCCGCGAUGGAUUUCGUUCUGAGCGGGGUGGCGGCGUGCGGAGCCUGCCUGUUCACCAACCCGCUGGAGGUCGUCAAAACUCGGAUGCAACUGCAGGGAGAGCUGAAGAGCCGGGGCUCCUACAGCGUGCACUACCGCAACGUGUUCCACGCCUUCUACACUAUCGGCAAAGUGGACGGGCUGCUCGGCCUGCAGAAGGGACUCGUCCCCGCGCUUUAUUAUCAGUUUUUUAUGAAUGGAGUCCGGCUCGGCUCCUACGCCAUCAUCGAGUCAUCGGGUUACAUCCACACCAACGGCAGGGUGAGCGGGUUGAAGACCACGCUGGCCGGGGCCGUGGCUGGAGUGGUGGGGGCGGUCAUGGGCAGCCCCAUAUACUUGGUGAAGACUCAUCUCCAGAGUCAGUCCACCUCCUCCAUCGCCGUUGGUCAUCAGUAUCAGCACCAGGGGAUGAUGCACGCUCUGAGCGUCAUCUACAGGCAGCAUGGCAUUGUGGGAUUGUGGAGGGGCUCCAGUGCUGCUGUGCCCAGAGUCAGUGUGGGCUCAGCGGCUCAGCUCUCCACCUUCUCCUCCUCCAAGGAGCUGGUCACGGAUCUACAGGUGUUUCCUGAAGAUAGCUGGAUGGUGGCCCUGAGCGCCGGCAUGAUCAGCAGUGUGGUGGUGGUCCUGGCUAUGACUCCUUUUGAUGUGGUUAGCACGCGGCUCUACAACCAGCCUGUAGACCACCUGGGCAAGGGGCAGCUCUAUAAAGGAUUCACUGACUGCUUUUCCAAGACUCUGAAGAAGGAGGGCCUGGCAGGACUUUACAAAGGCCUGGGAGCCUCCUAUUUCCGGCUGGGUCCACACACUAUUCUGUCUUUGUUCUUCUGGGAUGAGCUGCGCAAAUUAUAUCGGAAGGUCAGAUAACAUCAGGGAUGAAAAUUCAGGAAAGCUCAUUAAGUUCUGAGGUUAAACGAGUCCUUUAAAAAGAAAAGAAAAAUCAAAAAAAGAAAGAAGAACCAAGAGAAGAGGUGUAAAAGGAACAAAGAUAACACUCCAUUGAGAAAAAUUGAAAAGAAAAAAUGGAAGAUUGAAGGUCAUACCUGCAUUCAAGUGAAUCCUUCUGUGGAUUUCAGGGCUUUUGUUUAUCAUUGUUAAUGUGUGGUGCAGUUGUGACAUUACAUCAACCGUCGCACCUUUUUAUGAUACUUAGCUCUUUAAUUAUGCCAUUCCGAAAGAUUUAAAAAACCUGCACUUUGUACCUCCCGAAGAAUUUAUUGUUUGCACCAGCUUGCAAAAAACAAAAUUAUUUGCAGAUGCUUUACCUCAGCAGUUUGUUGACCGGAAACACAGCAACUGCAGUUAUUCAAGAAGGGACUUUAUAGAACUAUUUUCAAUUAUAUCAUUACGUUAAAAAGGGUAAAAAAAUGUAACUGUUACAAAAAAAUAUAUUUUGUAGAAAGACAAUAAAUCUUUAGGGAGAUGUUUAGUUUUUGCUUAAUGCAGUGAAUGGAGAUAAUCCAGUUACUCUGUCAAACACCAAAUUAAAUGUUUUAGCUUAUUCUCUCAUUUUCCACUAACAAAGAUAUUAAAAUUAAAGUCUAUUACACAUGUAUUAAAUUAUAUAUUUGAAAGCCCUUUUUAUAGCCAAAACAUUGCUUUAUUUAGAUAUCUAAUAACAUUUUUUAAAGUAAAAAUGCCAUGUUUUUUUAUUUUGGAGGUGUGGGUGUACGUAAAUUUGUGUUUCAGGCUUUCCUCUUCAAAUUUUCACGAAUCUUUACUCACCUUUUUUAAGUCUAUGUUUUGGCUCUACGUACAAAACGCACAUCCAUUGAAUGCGUGUUAAAAGUUAAACCAGGUCAAACUUUGACUAAUCAGGGACUCCCAUUUGGUAGUGAUGUAUAGAUGGCUUCCCUUUUAAUUCAUGGAAGAGCCAACCGUUUGAAAAUUGAUCAUGAAGACGACAUUAAUACUUGCGGUUGGUGCCCGGCCGGAAAAUAUCAGAAUUAAGCUGUGAAUGAAAAAAGCCUGGAGCAAGAUUUAAGCCUGUUAGGUGGCAGACAUGUGCUAGUAUCGGGUAGCGACGGUCCAGUGUGAACACCAUUUUUGCGCAUUCUUGAACGCGCGUCACAUGACAAAUGUGAAUGUAACAUUAACGCUGCUUUGAGCGUCUGUGGCUGUAGAUUAAAGACAGAAGAGCCUGGAGUUUAAAGUAACUAAUGUGAAAACGAGAUUUAGUACUAUUUGAAAAGGCCAUAUUUGAAGACUUAUUAAUUCAAAUUGUCUAUAUUUUUGCACUGGUUCACAGAGAUUAAACUACAUAAUGUGAAUCAAUAUUUUUCCCUCAGUUUAGUGACAUUUUGAGGAGAUUUUUCUUCUAAUCAAAAGCACUUGUUACAUGAAUUAUUCUUCUUUGUCUAAAGGGAAUGUAGAACAGUGUUAAGACAAAAUCUCUAAACCACACUUUUAUUAAAAGUACAAACUAUGCACACAAUGUUACAAACAUAAACCUGACAUUAGUUUUUUAGGAGAUUUUUGGCCAAAUAAGUUAAGAAAAUUAGUAAUAGGUCAAUAAUAAAAAAAAAAAAACUUUGUUUAAAAAAAAUAAGAGUUCACUUUAUUUAGUCACAAAUAAAUAAAAAAUCCCAGCAAUAUUUCUCUUUAAAUCAGUCCAGCAGGCGCACCUAGGAAUUUCACCAUGAAGUACAGACAUGACCAAACCUGCUAUAGGCUGUUUGACUUAGACAUGUCAUGAUGUUCCAACCUCAGGGGUUUAAAUGGUCCUUUAGAAUAAACCUGCUAAAUUUGAAAGUAGUCAUUCUACUUUUCAUUAUAAAUAAACACUCCAAAGAUGUGAAAAUCAUGCUUUGUCUCAUAUUAGCACAUUUGCGCACUCAUAGCGAAAAUGAGUAGUGGUAUAAAGGAGGUUGAAUCUGAGUGCUUGGAGUGGGUUCAUGUUAUGCUUAGUGCCAAAUAUCCCCUUAAGUAUUGACAUAAUAAGCACAUUUGCCUGCAGCACAGCAGUUGAUAUACUCCCUUUAGUUUCAUAUUGCUUUCACUCUGAUUUUCAGCAUUGACUUAUAAGAAUGUUCUGCCUGAAACUCCACACUUUAAUAUUUAAUACAAUGGUGAGUUUUUAAUUCAUGCCUUAAUAAACCAUGCCAAAUAAAUCACAACUCACAUUUAAGAUUUUAAUCUCUAGACAAGUCGUUCAGUUAGAAAAUGAUAAAAUAUUGUUUGUCAAACAAAAAAAGUAUUUUAUAUAAGAAAAGUGAUUUGAUGAUGUUUGUUGCAUCACUUAUUACUGAUCACACACCUUAUUAUUUACUUUGGCGUGUUUUAUUUAAUGGUUGCACUAUUCUUUCAAACCUUUUGAUUGAAUUGAAAAUGUUCACACUCUUUUGGGGUUUUUGAACUUAUUAAGUUACCACAUAAAAGUUACUGUCGAUCUGAUAUACUCAUCAUUUUGUACUGUUGGAAUUUAGUUGAUUUUAUUUUCAAAGUUUGUUACAAAAAUAAGUUCAUUAUUUGGGUUUAACAUAAUGUUCACAGCCUUUGUGCAGUUUAAAACCCAGGUGCAAAACUUAGAUAUUUAACUUUUUUUUUUCUGGCUGUCAAAGUUAUUUUAAAAAAGAAUCUUUUUAUUAGGUUUUUACAAUUUUUUCCCCCAGAAUGUAUUGUUUGCUUGAUGAAGGCGUAAUCUGUUAUUGGAUCUCAAAAACUGUAUGUGCAGAGAAAGUUUUGCUUUAUUUCUUGUUUGGAUUAAACUUUCCAAAACUGAA